AUGGGAAUUCUAUCGUCUAAUUUUUUGGCCAACGCCAAAUCCAAACUCAAGUAUCUCCCGUCAGCCUUGUAUUCGACUGCGUCUCAUGUUAAAUCUCAGGCACAUGUGUCACGGGGUUUUGCGGUGGAUCCCAACAACAAGAACAACGACGACAAGCUCCGGUUUCUGUUCAUGUACUUUGUCAAGGAUACCAGGUAUGCUUCGGUAAUUUCUGCUGAAACCUCGUGGAAAAUAGAUGAACUCCGCUCGAAUAACUUCAUUAUGUUCACACCUCAAAUUGUCAAAUUCGUUAGAGCGUUGGAUUGUAGAUAUGAUAUUGUCGCCAGUAUCGACGAGCUGAUGUUGGUGUCCAGCUGGGACGCAGGAUGCUUAAGGAAACAUGAUAUUCUUUGGAACCCCACUAGCCAAGAGAUAAACAUCAUUCCUGUUUCCCCCUACUGUAAACGCCAUUUUACGGAUAUGUUAUUUGGCUUGGGGUUUGAUCCCGCCAAGCCUCGGGGCUAUAAGAUUCUCAAGAUUCUCAUAGACUACUGUGAUUUCAAAGCUCCUCCGGAGUUCAGAGCCGAACUGUACUCACUUGAAACUCGUUCUUGGAGGAAAAUCAAGUAUCCUUACCAGCAAGAGGGCAUCCCGACUAGCCGAGGCAUUCGCAUAGGCGGCUCUUAUUAUUGGGGACUAAGUGCCAGGACUAAUUCCAUCAUCUCAUUCAACUUUGCCAGAGAAAAGUUUUCCCGUCGCCUACUUCCUUUUCCGUGGAAGAUUAGAUAUAUAGAAUCCAAUUAUCUUCUUGGUGAGCUUGAUGGCUCGCUUGCUAUUCUUCUUCUGACGGAUGACUGCGGUAAUGCCCAAGUGCCUUAUUCCACUCUUGAAAUUUGGGUGUGGAAUGAUAAGUCGUGGUAUCUAAAGUCCAAACUGGAGAUCCCUGUUGCUGUUGAUCGUGUCAUAGGCCUCUUUGAGAAUAAUAAAUUGUUUCUCCGGGACAUCACAGGCAAGGUGCUGCUUUUCGAUGUUGCAGAGCCUAGAUCAAUAGACAUCACAGGCAUCUGUGCUGAUUCUAAGGUAGUUUCGAUUAUGCCGUAUGUUGAGAGUUCUGUUCCACUCAAUGCAUCAACUUUUGAGUCGGUGAGAGGAGAGCAACUAUUCUCGGCGGCCGACGAACAAUUGUGACUGCGAGAAAUGAAGAAACGAAGAAAGUUCAAAAGUUGCAUAAGAUAAGACACAGUACACAUGGUUCAUUCGCCGGCGACCAAAAAAACACAAUUUCGAGGGCACGCCGCUUGAAGGGUCCAACUGUGAAAUAUCUAACUGAAGUUCCCCGGCGACCAAAAUAAUCGUCAUCUAAAGUUGUGUUUGUAAUGGUGGUUUUGGCUUGCUGGAGAAUUGGUACUUAGCGCAGGGACAGAAAAAGAAGACCAAGGGACAAAAAAAGAAGAAAAGAAAAUAUGUAAUUAAAAAAAUGUUAAUCUCGGUCAGUAUUUAACGAACCAAAUGAAAUAUAGAUGGGAUUAACAUCUGUAUCAAUAUGUUAAAAAUGCAACCAAACUUUAUAUUGCAAAGGAUAAAAGCCUUGCUACAUCAAGGCCCAAACUUAAUAGAUUGUAUCAAGCCCAAUCUGUCAAAGUAACCAAACCCACCCUUACUUGAUAUAAACUUCUAGGAGUUUGCAC